CCCGCGCAAGGCCCGCUCGGAGGCCUCCGCUUGCAGCCCUGGUUCCUGUAAGCUGGUGGCAGCAGCAUGGAUCUCAGCGAGCUGGAGAGAGACAAUACGGGCCGCUGUCGCCUGAGUUCACCUGUGCCCGCGGUGUGCCACAAGGAGCCCUGCGUCCUGGGCGUGGAUGAGGCGGGCCGGGGCCCAGUGCUGGGUCCCAUGGUCUACGCCAUCUGUUAUUGCCCCCUGUCCCGCCUGGCAAAACUGAAGGCCUUGAAAGUGGCAGACUCAAAGACUCUGUCGGAGAGCGAGCGGGAACGGCUCUUUGCGAAAAUGAAGGAAGACAGGGACUUUGUGGGCUGGGCACUGGACGUGCUGUCUCCAAACCUUAUUUCUACCAGCAUGCUUGGGCGAGUCAAAUACAAUCUGAACUCCCUGUCCCAUGAUACGGCUGCUGGGCUGGUACAGUAUGCUUUGGACCAGGGUGUGAAAGUCACCCAGGUGUUUGUGGACACUGUGGGAAUGCCAGAGAAGUACCAGGAGCGGCUGCAGCAGCACUUUCCUGGGAUUGAGGUGACAGUCAAGGCCAAGGCAGAUGCCCUGUACCCCGUGGUCAGUGCUGCCAGCAUCUGUGCCAAGGUGGCCCGAGACCAAGCAGUGAAGAACUGGCAGUUUGUGGAGACACUGCAGGACUUGGAUGCCGAUUACGGUUCAGGCUACCCCAAUGAUCCCAAGACAAAAGCAUGGUUAAAGAAGCAUGUGGAUCCGGUGUUCGGCUUCCCCCAGUUUGUCCGGUUCAGUUGGCGCACGGCCCAGAGUAUCCUGGAGAAGGAGGCGGAAGGUGUUACGUGGGAGGACUCUUCGACAGAGGAUCAGGAGGUACCCAAGAGGAUCACGUCCUACUUCUGCCCUGAAGGUCCCCGGCCCCGCCUCCCCCACCGGUACUUUCAGGAGCGUGGCCUGGAGUCGGCCACCACCCUCUAA